AAUCGAUGGUGACGGGUUCUUUGACAGCGAUCGCGGAGUAAAUUUUUCGUGUCGAUUACAUUGCGGGAACCCUGUUUUGUAUACUUUUAUAAUAAUAAUAUUAACGUUAAAUUGCGGAUGUAAUUUGCAUGCACUUCAACGAUUAAUUCUAAAAUGGCAAGGAAGGAGACAAAAACUACGAGAAAAAGCAAAAGGGUGAAGCCUAUGAAAAUCGCUGCUCUAGUCGUCUCAGCUAUACAAGAUCUUCGCGAAACCAAGGGCUCUACACCUAAAAAGAUCACAGGAUACAUUAGUUACGCUUCCAGCUUGCCCGAACAACGCGUCAAACGACAAGUGAUGGCGGCUCUGAAGCGAGGCGUGGAGUACGGUAUUCUGCGACGAUACCGCGGCCACUACUAUCUUCCCAUCGGCGACGAGCUGGAUCGCGCGAAUCGCAUCGCCGGGCGAUUCGCGAGACUGCCGACGCCCGCGCCGGCGCCCGCCAAGUCCAGAACCAAUUCUUCCCGGAAGACGAGGGACAGUAAGGUACCCCGAGGAAUUGGUAAUAGAGCGCGAAAGAGUAAAAAAGUUCGGAAAUCCCGCACCCCCGCUGUCUCAGCCAGUCCGAGUUUGACGGACGAAAUUGCCGGUGACGUUGCGCCCGUGACUGAGUGAAAUUAUUUAGCAGCCCUGUACAGCCCCAGGAAAAGAUUUUUCCCGUGUGACACGACAUUAAAGUGCGUCCGUCCUGUCCUGCGUGUCCUCUCUGCUUGUCUACCUGCGUAUCGUGCGUCCGUUUGUGAAUAACUGCUAUCUAUUUUCAAUUAAGCAGCGUAUAGAAAUGAUUUAUUGGCAAUCAACUGAUUGACGUAAAUUGGAUAUAUAAAUUGUAUUUGUGUAUAAAUGAAUUUAUUUGAAAUGUUGUACUAUAUAUAUUGCGUUGAGAUAUUACUAAAUGAUAAGAAGAUGUAUUCGACGUAUCUAGCAAUAUUUAAGAAUAAAUGUUAGGUAUAACGGG